CUAUCGUUCACAAAAAGCCACAAGAAAUUCAAUUUCCCUUCCACUUCCUCUGUAACCAAACACGGUCACGUCAAUCAAUGGCCACUCAUUCCGCACCAUCCCCCAAUACAUAAGAAAGCUAGCCUCAUGCUAUAUAACAUAUAUAAGUUGAGAUUAUUGUAUACGAACACGUUUCAUUCCAUCCCUAGCUAAUUCCUAAUGGAGAAGAGCAAGUCCUUUGCCGGCUACUCGAGCUCAUAUUCGGAGGUCAGGUUCGGCCUCGAGGACAGGUCCAAGUCAUACAGCUUCAAUGGGCCGAGCGAUGGCCUCGAUAGGCUCGGCCCGUCUGGGAACCCUGAGCACAAGAGGCAGCAGCGGGUGGCCUCGUACAACAUGUACGCCGUGGAAGGCAAGCUUAAGUCGUCCCUCCGCAACAGCUUCAAGUGGAUCAAGAGCAAAUUCUCCGACAAUUUCUACGAUGUGUAAGCCUGACACCCUUCUCGGCCGAUUAAUUACCGGGAAUUCAAAGCGCGGUAGCCAAGAAGGAAGAGCGGGCUCUCUUCGACGAGACUAAUUUUCUUUCUUCGGUCUCUUUUAUAUGAAUCGGUUAGGAAAAAGUAUGUAAAAAGAAGUGUGAAAUGUGAAUUUAAACAUCUGAAUCUCGUCUCAUCCCCAUAUAUUCUUGUAAACGAUAGGUUUUGCCCACUAUAUUAGCUAAAAACAUGAAUUAAGAUUAUGCA